UCCACAAAUAUAUCCAUACUUCCACGCCACCCUCUCCUCCAUAUUCACCGUCGUCAUCAUCAAAACUAAUCGACUGUUUUCACCAAAUUCUGACGUACAGUCAGUCUCUCAUCCGAAUGAUCAGUUUCUAUCAAUUUUUCAUCUCACCCACCUGAAAUUUUCGAAAUUCAAACCACAUUUCACAGAAAAAGAAAGGCCACCCUGCAAAUCAUGGGUUUUCCGGUGGGUUACACAGAUCUCUUCCUCCCAAAACUCAUCCUCCAUAUCUUAAUCCUUCUAGGUUUCAUCCGUAGCCUCACUUCCUCCAUUCUCUUCUUUAUCGGCCUGGAAGAUCUACUUCAACCAAUAUCUGAAUCCAACACACCUCAACCUCAACCUGAGCCGUCAACUCAAUUUCACUCGUUAUCCGCCGUCCUCCUCCGUGAACUCCUCCCCGUCGUCAAGUUCUCAGAGCUCGUAGACCCGCCGGAGAGCUGUGUAGUCUGUUUGUAUGAGUUUGAUGCCUGCGACGAGAUCCGUGUGUUAAAUAACUGCAGACACGUAUUCCACCGGUGCUGUCUCGACCGGUGGAUGGACCAUGAUCGGAAAACUUGCCCGCUUUGCCGGACGCCGUUUAUAUCUGAUGAUUUGCAGGAUUCGUUCAAUGAACGUUUAUGGGCUGCUUCUGGUAUCGCCGAUUACUAUGGCGAUUCAUCAAUGGCUGCUUCUUUGUAGUUAGAAUUUCGUUUUGGUAACCCCAAUGAGUUAUGAGUUGAAUGUUUUAUUGGUUUAUGUAGUUUUUUAUUUUUAUUUUUAUCAAUUUAUCUAAAGUGAAUUUUGUGCC